CGUAGUAUUGCUGACGGCAACAUCCCUGACGGGAGAAUGCCGUCGGCGUUGUUUAUAUCCCUGACGGGAAUAGCCGUCAAGGAUGUGGCCGUCGGUAAUGGAAAUUUCCCGUCAGCGAUGUUUACAUUGCUGACGGGAGGUCCAACAUCGCUGACGGGGUGCCGUCAGCGAUGUUGAAUUAUUUUUGGUGGGGAUUUAUCCCUCCAAAAAUUUCAUUUUUGCUCCUGAAAUUCGGGUCCGCCUCUCUCAGUUCGGAUUUCCCAUGGAAGAAACCCCCUGCCCUCAGCUUCGCCUCCCCCAAAACCUCUUGAUCCGCUCCCAAAUUUCCUCUCUCCCUCUACACGAACCCUACCCCCAAAACGACCUCCGCCUCCAGUUCGACCUCCGCUCUCCAAAUCUCCUCUCUCCAGCUUUCCAAAUCCCCAAAUCUCCUCUCUCCAAAUCUCGGUUCGCUAUUGCCAUCACCUCCCGCUCCUCUCCGACUCCACCCCCGGCGCGUCGAGGCCCCGAACCCCAGUCUCCACUUCGUCGCUCACGGCGGCACCGAACCGCUCAGACUCGCAGUGAUUUCUCGCCGGACUCGCCGCGGCACCGCCCCCGAGCAACUCGCAGAGACCUCCGUCAGUGAUUUUUUAAUUUUUUUUUUGUGAUUUUAGGUUUUGUUGUUUCUUAUUUGAGACUCGAUUUCUUGGAUUGCUAUGCAGGAGAUCCAAGCUGAUCUUACAUUUCUUUUUUGAGUGCUGUAGUUUUGCAUCUUUUUGAGUUUGAAGCACUUGGAUGCAUAUUAUUUUCAACCGAACAGGUUCAUGAAGAGGUAAGAAUUUGAACCAAAAAAGUAGGGUCUUUUUCAAUAUUGCUUGGUCUAUAUAUCACCUUAUGUUGGUGUUGUAUACAAAGAUUUCAUUCAGUAGGCUUCUAAGAUUUCAAAUCCAUUUGAAAGAAAUUGACAGUCACUAACUUAUGAGGGGCUAAUACCUAAAAGUUGUAAUGAAAUGAUACUAAGUUGUGAGCUUAAGCCAGAAAUGGAAAACAUUCUCUAGCAUGUGGGACAAAGAGGUGUUAGUGUCUGCGGGUGAGUGUACUUGUGUGUGAGUGCCUGUGUUUGUAUCUUGUCGUUGCUGGGUGAAUUCUGGGACGGGAGGGCGAGGUGCAAGCAGGCAGUGUAUGGAUGUAUGAUUGUGUUGGAAUAAUCAACUUUAGCAUUUAUGGAGGUCACUUUGGAUGUCAGUGGUAUUCAUGUUUCACGGAUGAUGCAAUUUACUCCAAGGAAAUAGCUCCUUCAAGAACCUUCUGCAUUUAUGAAGAGGUUUAUAUACAAUUUCUUCUAGUUAUAAUGUAUUUUUGGCUUUACUACUUUAAUUAUGUUAAUCUCAAAUGUUGUUAUAAGAUAAAAGUUUUAAUCUGUAACCUAUAACACAUUGAUAAGUUCAAGAUAAAGGCAGUUGGUGCUACUAAUAGGCUUGGAUAAAUUGAGGCUCCUCGAGUGGAAGAACGGGCUCAUGGCUAUUCAGGAUAGAGUUGUAAACUGCCACUUCAAAGCUGGAUACAUUUAGGCUACCUUUGAGCCAUCACUUGGACAUAAAAUAUGCUGCCACCUCCACCAUGCCCCUAUCUUCCAUUGAAAUACAGUUUUGGAUGUAGAGGUCGAAAUGAUGCACAAAGCUGGUCUCAUUCAAGGGGGAUCACUGGAAAAUGCAAUGGUUUGCAGAGCAGCGGUGAUUCUGGUGCUAAUGUGAAGCGCCUUGAACAAGAAACUGAGAGCAAAAUCCUCCAGCUGAAGGAACAAUCAUCACGUGUCUCUCGCGAUGUGGGUGAUAUGCUCUUGAGGCAGGUCACAACCGUAAAGAAUUAGCUUUCAGCGUGUUUAUGGCUGUGAAGGAAUAUUCAAUAUAUUUAUGAAUAUAUGUAUGUGUUGUGAGGAAAUCUCUCCCCAGAUCUUAUAAUCUUUUUUUUUUGAUAGACUCGGAGUCUGUGGAAAUAAGGAGCCUAGGACUCUUAUAAUUCCUAAAUUGUCUUUGUUGUCUGCAAUUGUUCCUGUAUCAAUUGUUCAGACUAGUUGGUCUGCAAUAAAAUUUGUCUAUGUUUUCUGUGAAGGAAUUUAUCAUCAGUCGCUGAAAUUACUUCAUUUUUUGUC